UCUCCCAUGAGCGUCUCCGUUUCUCGUGCACCCGAAAAGCUGUCGAGGCUCUCCUUCGCACUCCGGUCAAUCCUCUUGACAAACCUAAGCCUGCAUGUUCAAACGAUCAAUGCUCUCCACCGACUCUACCAUAGCCCUCGCAGUCGGCCUCGGUGGCCUGCUCGUCUCCACCAUCGGUACAAUCGUCGGGUACAUGAGCUACAAAUCCAUGAAAGCAGGGCCACGACACUUCUCGGCUGGCGGAUAUAUUGGAGGUGUGUCGAGAGUACCCUCUAUGCCACCCAAGGCACACCUCUCUUGGCCACGAGACUCGUUCACUGAGUUGGGAUAUCAGGAAGGGUAUCGAGAUCGCCGGGUUUGAAGGCGUCAUAUAUGGUCGAAUGUCAAACCGAGACCUGGGCGUGACUGUAAACAUUUGUGAAAAAGAAUUUCCUCUGCAUUAACUCCCAGCCUGGCUGGAUCAGCCCUCCAUCGAGACUGAAGUCUG